UGGUCUUACAACUGUGUGUAUAGUAUGUACGUGAAGCGGAGUGAGUAAGCAUAGUGAAAGAGCUGUGUGUAGUGUAGUGUAAAGCUCCCUCCUCCCAGUGGGUGAGUACAGUGAGUCAGGCGUAGCUGGGAGGAGGAUGCGGUGUGUGUGAAAGGAGACAGGGCCUCGGGGAAAGCUCAGCUAGGGGAAAUGCUGCCUAGCCUAGCAAGGACAGACGUGUAAGAGAAUGAGCAGAUUGCAUGACACCAGAGUGCGGAUGAAGUUGUCAAGCUUAUUCUGAAUCCCCAAAGGUUUGUGUCAGCCAUGGACUAAAGGCUUGUGCAGAGACAAGUGUCUUUAAAGUGUAGAGUGCUUUCAAGUAAAAAGGUCAAGAAAGCUGAACCGUUAUGCAGGAAUAGCCAGAGAAAAUGAUGCUGUGGAAAUUAAAAAUGGAGAUGUUAAAUGUUAAGAUUCUGUCUUGUGACAGUGGUAGACAAGCCUCGUAAAUUACUUAUUCCCAGUGAUGCCAAGAAUACAGAGACUGUUUUAUGAAGAAGCUGGAACUUCCUCUAUCUGAGACACGGAAACAGAUCCUCCAGUAGGUAUUUAUUUAUGUGAAUAAAGAGGGCGCUGGAAGCUGCUCCGGCGAGAGACUUAACCAUUACAGUUACUGGGAAGAAUAGCCGAGCGGAGACGUCUACAGACCUGCCACAGUGAAUGCUAUUCUACAUCAGUCGUUGGAACAUUGUGCUCCCAAGGAGAUGAUUCCCCAUGAAGUUGUUGGGUUUCCUUCAGGAAUUAAAUGUGAUUUUCCUUUCACCAGACUGAAAUCAGCAUCAGUCAGACAGUGAGCAGGCAGUGGUGGUUGGCGGGGGUGGCAGAAAGCAAAACAUGAAAUCUAAUCAAGAACGGAGCAAUGAAAGCCUGCCACCAAAGAAACGUGAAAUUCCCGCCACCAGUCGAACGUCUGAAGAGAAGACAGUAGGAUCGACAAGUGAAAACCACCGGACAGAUAGUUUAUCAUGGCUCCCCACCACAGUAAGCAGCCAUGGUGGACGUCAUCCUGGGCCUGCAGGAACUUCAGUAGAAGCUGGUUUACAGCAUGGGGUAGGUUUACAUAAAACACAUUCAAGUGGUAUAGACUAUUCUCCACCCAGUGCUCCAAGGUCGGUACCAACAGCAUCAGCAGUUCCUGCUGUUUAUCAAACUGCGCAGUCUCAAUCAGGGGCAUCUGCAUCUCCUGUGCAAUAUACUAAUGUGCCCCAAACGUUCCAGUUUAUUGGACCGCCGUAUAGUGGACCACAAUACACAGGAUUCAUCAAUUCGCAGCUAAUUUCACCUACAUCGAAUUCCGCGUCAAGUGCUGUGCCCUCAACAGUAACAGGAGUCACCACUCCAUCACAACGCAGCCAGAUGGAAGCAUAUUCCACUAUGCUGGCAAAUGUAAGCAGCUUAAGCCAGCAGGGGCAUAAAAUGGAAUCACAUCUAGAUCGGACUCCUGGAUUGGUUGCAGCAGGAUCACCACCUACCCAGUCAAGUCAUUAUGUCCAUAUUUCCAGCUCAUCACAGGGUGGAGUCAGAACUCUAUCACCACCAAGUAUCCCAGUGCAUUUACAUACCCACCCAGUGAUUCCACAUACACUUACGCUGGGCGCUUCCUCCCAGGUGGUUGUGCAGUACUCAGAUUCAGGAGCUCAUUAUAUUGCUAGGGACCCUACAAAAAAAGAAGAAAGUUUCAGGUCACAAGCCAAGGAAUUAUUAAAUGGUGAAAUAGAGAAAGUUAGGAGAUUUGUAGUUCCUUCCUCCACAGAUGCACAUCUAUUGAAAGCAGGCAAUAAUAAACCAGCUUCCCAACAUUAUGAGACACGGCACGUAGUGGUGCACCCUAGUACCGAAUUCAGUGCUCGGGAUCCCUCAGGUGUUCGGACCUCUGUCAUGGUAGUGCCCAACAGCAACACAGCUGCCACAGACAUUGAUGUUCUACAAACCAUUAAGAGAGAAACCUCACCCUCAACAGCUUAUAACAAGGGAAGCUUACACUUAGGAAAACCAGCCCACCGGUCCUAUGCUUUAUCCCCACAACAGACUUUAUGCGCAGAAGGCGUAAAAACAUUGGCCACUUUAUCUCCUCACACAGUCAUCCAGACAACUCACAGUGCAGCAGAGCAACUUUCUGUUGGGCUGCCUGCUGCAGCCUUUUAUGCGGGUACACAACAGCCAGUUAUUGGCUAUCUCAGCAGUCAGCAGCAAACCAUUGGCUAUCCUGGAAAUUUGCCACAGCACUUGGUGAUUCCGGGCACUCAGCCUUUACUCAUACCAGUUGGCAAUCCGGACAUUGAUUCAUCUGCGGUAGGGGUAGCACCUGCUAUUGUCACUUCAUCUCCCCAAUUUGCAGCAGUGCCUCAUACAUUUGUCACUACGCCCAUUCCGAAAAGCGAUAACUACAGUGCUGAAUCACUAGCUACUCAAGCAGCCUACCAGACCACUUUGGUUCCGGCUCAUUUCCACCUCCCUGUUGUACAGUCUGUUGCUUCUCCUAUGGCAGCUGCACCUACACUGCCCCCUUAUUUUGCAAAAGGGUCAAUCAUUCAGCUAGCCAAUGGUGAACUAAAGAAGGUCGAGGAUUUGAAAACUGAAGAUUUCAUACAGAGCGCUGAUAUUAGCAACGACUUGAAAAUAGACUCCAGCACAGUUGAGAGGAUUGAGAAUAGCCAUAGUCCUGGCAUCGCUGUGGUACAGUUUGCUGUUGGAGAACAUCGGGCCCAGGUCAGCGUAGAAGUCUUGAUAGAAUAUCCGUUUUUUGUGUUUGGCCAAGGCUGGUCAUCAUGUAGUCCUGAGAGAACAAGCCAGCUGUUUGAUUUACCGUGCUCCAAGUUGUCAGUAGGAGAUGUCUGCAUAUCGCUUACACUCAAGAAUCUGAAAAAUGGCUCCAUAAAGAAGGGGCAACCCAUGGAUUCAGCUAGCAUCUUGCUGAAGCACCCAAAGAAUGACAGUCUGUCAGGAAAUAGACAUAGAUAUGCAGAACAGGAGAAUGGAAUUAAUCAGGGAAGUGCACAGGUGUCCUCUGAGAAUGGUGAACUAAGGUGUCCUGCCGGUUUGAAUGCCGCGACCUUUGAAGCCAAAAUUGAACCUGGCAAACCCAUGGUUACAAGGAAGAGGAGGUGGUCUGCCCCAGAAUCAAGAAAAUUAGAGAAGUCUGAAGAUGAACCACCAUUGACUCUUCCCAAGCCUUCUUUUAUUCCUCAGGAGGUUAAGAUUUGCAUUGAAGGUAGAUCCAAUGUAGGCAAGUGAAAACAUACUUAGAGAAAAAAAAAAUAGGCUUACCCUUGUCUUUUUUAUUCAGAUUACUGUACUGUAGAAUAAAUAACCCAGUAUUUACACAUUAUCAUCUUAUUUUAGGUUUAUGUUAUAACAUUGUUAUAGUUGCAACUGGUAUCUUUCAGGAGACUGUUGGUGCAUAAGUUCUUUUCACAAGUGUUCACUCAUGCAGUACCUAGGAUCGGGGGGGGGGGGGGGCUAAGCUUUCUGCAGUCUUGAUGGACAGGAUUGUAUAAACAUGGCUUCCGUGAUUAGUUGCAGGGUGCCAACUUUAAAGUUCAAACGACUUCAGCUCUUUUCUUUCAGAAAGGAUUACAAGGGAAAUGCAGGCAAGAUACUUGGGCUGUCCCUUGUUGGGAGGGUAUAGCUUCAUGUUUGUUUUUGUUGUAGGCCACUGGCACAAACAAUCCCAGUUUAAUGUCAUUGUCUUGCCGACAAUGAGAAAGAUACCAUUUCAUAUACUUAAGUCGGGAGAAUUAUCUAUGUUUACCUUUUCUUCAUUUGGUCUUAUGCUAGGUUGGAAUCUAGUGCCAUGUCUCAUGUUGGUGUUUUUUUCACAAUUUGAGCCCAGAUAAACCAUGAUAAUAACUAUAAAUCGACAUCAUUGUGGCAAAUGGCACUUUGUAUGCAGUACCAUGAAUUCAUCCUGAGUAAGCCUAACUGCACAAGUGAAAUGUUAGAGGGUCAAAGGCCCUCAUUGCUCUAAAAAGUUUAAAAAAAAUGUUGUGCUGUGAAAAAUUCAGUCAAUUAUGUCCUUUGAUUUUUUUUUAUUAUUAAUAUUGAAACUUCCAGUGAUUGAUCUGCUGACGAAGCAUUGCUUGCCUCUAUCACAAGGCCAAAAAUUUUUACAGGACGCAGAGGCCUCUAAGGUUUACCUCUCUGGCAGAUUCCUGUUAGGACAGACAUUUGUUAUAGUAUAACAAGUAAAUGUCCCUUAACCCGGCUUGUGCUUCACAGGGUUUAAGCACAUUGCCGCUUUAGAGCACUAACAUCAAUGACUUGCAUCAGGGGUGCAAUCAUUUUGUGUUCCACUUUUCUUCUUUAGUUACAACUGGUGCCACUUUUUUUUUGUUUGUUUCAACGUUCAGUGUGACACAUUAAGGAACAAGAACUGGAGGGGAUUAGAGAUUGUCUUUUAGCACUUAAAAUGCUGUUCACACUUUAUUGCCGAGCAUCUUGGUCUAAUGUUUGCUAAGUACUGUAUCUCACUUUUAAUCUGUGUAUUUUAAGAUAUAUGUUUUUUUUUUCCUUUUAAAUAUUUUUUUUUCAACACUGAAACCUACAUGAAAAUAUAUAGAGCUUCUUAGAGCAAGAUGUCGAAAGUUUUAAUGUGGUUUCAAAGGGAUGAAUGUAAUUCUUGACCUAGGAUGUGACCGUUUAUUGUCCCAAAGGACUACUUUUACAGAAGGCACUUUUAGAAAAGAAAGGGUUAAAGUCAUACGUGAGCUGACGUGAUUACGGAGAAUUGAUAGGGAAAUAUUAAGCUAGAUAGAAAACGUUAAAAAAAAAUAUAAUUGUCCAGUGUUUUUAAAAAAAAAAAAGGAUGGACUUUAAACAAAAAAAAAAAGAAGAAAACCACAAAAAAAAUCUUGCAGUUUGCACAUCUUAAGUUUUGCAUUUGAAUGAAAUUCCUGCAAAUUAAAUGUAAUAAUGUUGUAGAGACAGGAAUGAACAGCUGAAAGAACAUGGAUACAUGUAGCAAUUACUUACUAUUAACCUGCCUAAUGUGUUAGGGUAGUGUUUCUUUCAGUUUCAAUCUUUCUGUCACACUGAACAGAGUCUGAGAAGGAAUUCUGAGAAAUCUCGGUGUAGUAGAGCGUGUGUGGAUGGACGUGUGUGUGUCAGUGGGUGUAUCUGUGUAUGUUUGUGUGUCUCCGCCUUAUGAUUAACCUCUACACCAAGCACGUAUAGUCAUGAGUACAAGCAGUUUAUGUGUAGAUUUGCCCAUUGUUAUGUUAUCAAAAAUUGUUUGGCGUAAACCAUAUAUUGCACAGAGAAAAACAUCAACUUGUAUUUCCCACUUAGUCCAAAAAGUCAUGUGUACCAUGUGUAUAAUACACAGUUUUUUUUUUUUUUAUCAACCUGCUUUUUUAUUUUCACUUGUUCUCCUCAUAGCUAGUAUGGUCACUAGCUCUUGUGGGUGAAGACUGAGCUCAUGUUUCCCCUUUAUUGUUUUAGUUGAGGAUUUCUGAAUAGGUGUGACAACUUUUUCCCCCCAAUUCCAGAAUCACUGUUGCGUUUCUUUUCUCAGUAUCAUAUUUAUCCUUCAGAAUUAGAUGUUCUACAUGUUGUGUAUAUUGUGACAUUUUUUUACUUGAGUCUUGCACAUACUGGCUUUUUACGGCCCUAAUUUCCAAAGUUAGUUAAAUUGGUUAGUUAAUUGUUGUUAUUUUUUUUUCUUUACCACGACUCCAGUGUCAUCUUCAAGUUAAAUGUAGCUUCAAGAGACAAGAUCUCUGUUUUUUUUUUGUUUUGUUUUUAGAAAACUGGGUAUCUGUAUACUUGCUUCAAAUUGCUGUUUCUGCAGGGUGUUGCAGCUUUUCCUAUAGAAUUUGAUUUCUUAUAGAAUUGUUGUAUUUGCCAAUCGUUUUAUAAAUGGACAUAAUCAGUUUUUUUUUUAUUUUAUCAUCAAGAACACAAAUUGUCUGCAGUGCCUCCAUUUAGCAGAAUUUCAAUGCUCUGUAAUGACACAGCACCUAUUCUAAUAACCGGCAAGAUCUCAGGUACAGCACUCUUAUCAUUUAUUAGUGCAGCAGGGACAGGCUACGGAGGAAAUAGAAUAGGUUCCUUUCUCUAAAAGAAAUGUCCAGGCAUUUUACUAUGAAUGAGAACAGCACAUGGGCUGAAAUCCACUCAUACAAGUACAGGAAAUAUUAUAACAUAGGUUUAGUUUUGAGCUACUUUAUGGAAAAUAUCAGGGUAGUGCUCAUAUAGCAAUUCCCUGCUACAAUGUUAUCCUCGAAAUUCCUCCUUUGGCAAGCAGCUGAAAAUACAGCGGUGCUAAUGAAGGAGGGAGGUGACAACAUUAAAUUCAUCUUUUAUGGCACUCUGCAUAAUCUGAAAACAAGAAACAGAUUUCAAACUGCCAUAAAGAAAAUCGUGGCCUGCUGAAAUAGCAGGGAGGCUGCAGCAGGUAUAUGCAUCCCCCAUCAGUUCUGUUAACAUGUUAUUAUAUCAAUAGCAUUGGAGAGUUGAUAUUUUAUUUCCAAGUAGUUUAAAACUAAUCCUGUGCUGUAAUGACAUGUAUGCAUGCGUUCAUAUCUUGGCUAUAUAUAUAUAUAUAUAUAUAUAUAUAUAUAUAUAUAUACUGUACAUAUAUCAAUUUGUUACAUUUACAAAAAACUGAAAAUAACAUUUGAAAUUGAAUUGUAGUAAAAUAUUUUGCGCAAUAACUAUCACCAUAAAGUAAGUUAAAAAAUACAUUGAAAACAAUGAUCAUACUAACCUUAGAACUAUUAAUACUUCAGCCAAUGCAGGAAGCAAUAAUAGAAGGUGAUGGGGAAAAAAACUGGCAUAUCCUGUAGCAUUGAACCAAUGUAUCAUGCUUUAUAUAGCUCCAACCUCUCUUCUCUUUUACUUACACUCAUAGACUUUUCAACAAAACCUCAAAAAUCUGAUACCCAACUACACUCAGAUUUCUUUUAGACUGCUUGUUGAGUGCUGCAUCUACCUGAAUCCACUUCUACAAAGCACCUGUCCCCCACCUCAUGUCUCACACCGUACUUCAGUCCUCUCUGGUCGUGGACGGAUUGAUGAUGUACUUAUCCUCAGGGCACUUUUUUCUUCUCUUUAAAUUGGUAUGAGGGAUGACAAUUACCACUAUACCAUGUGUUAAGGCAACGUAAUUCAGAUGUUCCUGAAAAACUCACUGGAGCGCCUCAAAGCAAAUGCCAUGUUAUUGCAGCUGCUCCUGCUACAAAACAUCAGUCUGGAGGAUCCUUUCUAGACACCUGAAGAUAUUAAGACAUGGCGAGUGCUGGUUUUGAUCUAAUUAGAAUUAGAUUUGUGGUGAGACACAACGCUUGUAAGAAACCUUUUAAAAUGGGUAGUCCAAUCUUGUAAUGUUAUGACAUGCUGUGUGGGUCCAACCUCUUUGACCCCUGCCAAGCCUAAGAAGAAGGGGCUGAGAUCCCUUCAGAAAUUUUUCUGCAUAGUGGUGCUCGCUGCAAUAGCUCCCUCCAUUCAAGUGAUCAGAGCACUGUUAAAGUUCCCUGUGCAGCGAGUGAAAGAGAACAACUAUGAAUGGGUUAGCACUCAUUCUGAACAACAAUGGGGGCACCGGCAGUCAGACCCCAACUGAUCAGAAAAUUAUGACAUAUACAAGCAAUAUGCCAUCAAUUUUUAUUUAGGGAAAACCAGUUUAAAUCACUGUGAUUGCACAUGAGCCUCUUGGUCAUUUGCACAGUAUGCAGGAAAUGUCUGGAGUUAUGAAUCUUCUGGACUGCGGCCAUUAAUGGUUGCUCCUGAGUUAAUAGAUUAUCACAAGUCGUCCUACCAUGAUGGCUCCUGAUGAUAGGGGUCGAUAGAUGAUCUCCUUUGAGUGCAACUUAAGAGAGGCAAACCGUAUAUCAUACAGUGCAUUCAGAAAUCUUCAGACCCUUUCACUUUUUCAUGUUUUGUUAUGUUGCAGCCUUCAGAUAAAA